CGACGAUGCCAUAUUUACUCACAAUCAUCUAGCCUCUUCGUUCCAAUCCUCUAUGUUGAGAAAGGUCAGCGCGGGGGGGUGUUGGUGAUUACACCUACCCUAAUCACGUGCCACCCAACUUACCCCCGGCCAACUUCCAAGGUUAUAUAUAGUUUCACCCUAGAUAGAUUAUAGAUAACAACGUUAUCCUCUAACAGGUUCAGCACUUUGAGUCUGAGGGUUUGGGGAAAAGAGGCCCAAAUGCACUUUUCUUCUCAGAGUAACUCUGGUACAACAUACGAACCCUCAUCUGUCUCCUUUGGCCCUCGAUGGAAUGCGAUCUAUUUGCGUUUUACCCAUGUGGUGAUGAGCCCGAGCUCACCCUCAAGAGGAGUCAUAGACUAUGGAGUACUAUCUUUCAGUUUGCAACUUCUCGGAGCGGUUUUGACCCAGCAGCAUUCCAACUAUUUCUUCGCGAGGUUCCAAGUUAUACAAAGACCGCAUUAAAAGGAUUCAAAGGAGAGCAUAAUCGCUUGUACGCCAAGGGCAGAGCGAUAUGGCAUAUUGAGUCUGCAUCAAAUACUUGUGAUUUGGGCGACGCAACGUCGACCGAACAACUUCUUCUUGGCGUUUCAACUCCAACAAGAUGUACAGUGGAUGGAUGUUUUUCUUGGUUGCAGAGCUCUUCUAGUUCUGACAUAGUACAAACUUGUCAAUCUUGUGACAACCAUUUGGCCGCAUUCACAUGCGCAUGGGCUUUCAUAUUAUCCGCAUUUUGGGCAGAAUCACAAUACGGAAGCCUCACAUAUACCGGUGUCACAGCUCGCAUUAUCAAUCGCCACGAGAAUCCUAGGGAAUCUGGCCUCAUGGAUAUGCAGAGUAGUGCCAUCGAAGCCGAAUGGUGGGCCGCUGUUUUAGCAAAUGGUAACGGUUGGAGAGCCACGGUCCAACAUGACGACAAAGAGUACUUGUCGCCAUGGAAUGUCCAGCUUUGCAGCGAAGAUCUGUUUACGAUUCUGACACCGUAUGUUACAACAAGGAAAACCAAAUCACCUCCUAGCGCGGCCGAAGCGCUGAACUUCCUCUCCCGUUAUUGUGCAGCCUAUGGCCUUCGCCUGCAGGGCAUCGCGGCAUUAUUUGCGGCAUUAGCCUUGCCGACGCACAGCCUAUUCGCCAGACCUGCAGCCCUUCCUAGGCCCCGCCACAUCGCACAACAGAGACACGGAAUAUCGGGCGAUACCCUUUUUGCCGGCUUCCUUCCUCAUAUCCCCUCCUUCAUGACCAUCAGCGCCAUUGGCAUCGCUCCAAUUCUACGGAGUGCCUUAUAUGAUCCAGGAACGUACUGCCAUGUGUCCGGAGCUUGGUUGAGCCAACUCCUAGCCGAGUGGCCCGCGGAGAAUGAAAGAGCCGCAAUUUCUGGGUAUACUCGCUCGCCUACGGUUGGAGGCAUAUGGAUGGGGGCUUCAAUAUCAUCCCUUCUGUCGAGAAAGUUCAUUCAUAUUCUGGCUGGUUCUGGAAUGUGGAGGGCCAAUCUAUCAUUAUCCUGGUGGACUCAGACAGCGCAAUCAUUCUUUUGCCGAUUUUCAGAGGAACCCAAUGCUCAAGUGGCAUCAGUAGUACCACUGAUUCCCCGGGCGGAAGAAGCGUUUUUGCUUUUCAUCACUUCAGCACGAGGACCAGAACGUCAUCUUAUACCAACCCCAAUGUCACCAUGGAGGCCACCGGGUGAGUCUAAACUAGAUCUAAGUACUUUUGCGGUCCAGCGUCACGCAACCUGUGGACAUCAUCUUCGCUAUAAAAGUUGGUUUUGGGAAGGGCUUCAAGAGAUGAUAGAGGAUAGAGGAUUUACGGAUAUGGAUUUAUCUGAAAAUACGAUAUCAUAUGGACUAUAUCCUGAUUCCUCUAUUCACAUACCGAUUUCCCGUUCAGAAUCACGAUCAAACAACGCUAACAAUGACCUCCACUCCUGGAUCCAUCCAACCCGAGCGAUAUUUCAGUGGCUAAAAGAGAUGCGAGGCCCAGAAGCUGAUCAGUGUGACGUUAAUACCGACGAAUUACUCCAGGUGUUCGAAGAAGACUCUGAUGUAGCUGGCUCCUCGGGGUAUAAAACGGAGGAUAUGAGUGUAGAGGAAACAGAUAAUUCAAUACCUUCUGCUAAUUAGACCACACCUUCAUCCCAACUCAUCUAAAUCUUCACUCCAGCCCAACAUUUCCUUAACCGCGGGAUGAUCAGGGCACUUCUUGCAUAUUCUAUACGGAUUUUCGAUCUGACAACGUUUCCAUUUUUUUCGACAUCCCUGUGCUAAACAAGUCCUUUGAGCGUGCUCAUUAUUUGCGUGUCGGCAGGGUGGAUUCUUGCAGAAACCUGAUAGACCUGAGGUAGUACUCAUGACCGAAUCUCCACUGCUUAUGAAUUGUUAGUAUGGGGAUUCCACUGAGAAACAGAGGAUUCUCACUUACUGUGGUGAUUUAAAGCUAAAGGACUCGCAAGUUUUUGAAAUUCAAGAAAUGUGGCCUGACAAAUACUAUCUAAUAACUACCUAUUAUUUCGAGGUCAUUGCUUCCCUUUUCUACGAAGGUGUAAGGCUCUUGACAAGCAAUAAAUGAGUUAUGGUAGGUAUUGUGGUGAGCGGAACAGGCCCGCACCACCACCGUCAAAAGUAAGGCACCCAUGCAUGGGCAUCCCUCGAAGGCAAGCGAAAUUUUGAUGGAGUAUACUUUAAAUGCGGUACAAUGACUCCUGCUGGGAAUGGAUAGAAAGGUGAAGUGUUUGACGACAGGUGGCCGAUGGAUUUUUGGGGCAUCCUUGACGGAUGAGCCAUCCAUACUUGCCUCCUCCGCAGCGUUACGAUAUUGGAUAAAGUAAAUGGUCCAAGCCUUCAGUCGUUCGAAGUGUUUCUUAACUGUCUCUGGCGGGAUCAAUAUCCACGUCAUCCUAGCCGUUGUCGUAUUUGCAAUAAAGAAUCUCUCCCACAGAUGAGUUGGCAUAGAAGAGGAUCACACCGAUAAUCAACUCCAUAUGCUAUUUCAUUCUAGCCAUCGAUCUUGUGUAAGGAAAAUCGAAUUCGCGCGCUAAGCCCGCGAUUUUUCUAGAAUCAUCGCAUUGUAAUUAUCUGCCCAUUUUAUUCGAAUUUAGGUCCUUUAGUAUUCAGAAGUGAUAUUGUUGUGUAAACAAAUCAAUAUUCGCUCAAAAGCGUACAGAGGUGUUGGAUAUUUUGUAUAUGUUUAGUUACGCCUAUAACGAAUCGGAUCAUACAGCAUAAAUCCAUGCCAGUCCUUUUAACUUCAGGCCACAAGCUCC